AUGGAAUCUCAAGAAGUCAAAUCCUUCAAUGCAAUUUUCGACGAGGACAACGUCGAACCCGGGACGGCCGAGUUCGCUUCCCUUGCGGUGUUCGAUCCAAACACUGGCGCAGUUAUCGGCAGCGAAACAUUUGUUAUUCAAUAUGUCGGCUGCUACGGACUGCCAGCAGGCUUAAGUCCCUUUGUGGGAGACAACGCCACGGACAAAUAUAGAAAUGAUACGACGGCUGGUGACACUGCAUCCAACUGUGCCAGUUAUUGUGCCAGCAGUGGCGAGUCGCUCUCCUCGAACAAUCAAGGUGUAUGUUUCUGCGGAGAAACCGUGGCACCAGGAUACCCUGGCGAUGACCGGACGAAUUGUCAAGAGGAAUGCCCCGGUGAUAAGAGCCAACGAUGUGGUGGUGGACAAACAUCCAAACGAGACGGCUUCAGUUAUUUCAAUGUCAUUCUCGCACUGCGGCAGAGCGAAGUGGAAGUUGUGGAAGUCGGUCAGAACAGCUCAACCUCGAUUGCCUCGCCGACCGGCACCGAGAGCGUGACCAAUACAGCUGCAUCCUCCGGCAUCAAUACUGGUACUGGCUCUGAGAGCUCAAGUAACACGGCUGCGGCCUCCGGUACCAAUACUGGUUCUGGAAGCUUGAGCAACACAGCUACCUCUGGUGCUAAUCCCAGUACAGUCACUGGGAGCUUCAGCAACACGACUGCUUCCUCUGGUUCCAGUACUGGCACUGGCUCUGAGAGCUCCAGCAAUACAGCCAUUUCCUCUGGUAUCAAUACUGGAACUAUAACCGGAUCAGACACUGGGCCUGGGGCAUCAACGGCAUCAACAGCUUCAGGGGAACAAAGUCCAGGUGCAUCUGCAUCAGGCUCGUCUUUCGAAUCAAUGGAGAGCCUGUCUGCCUCUGGCUCUACUGGAGCUUCAGAUUCGAAUGCCUCUUCAACAGGCUCUGGAGUAUCCGGUAGCGGUGUGACCAACACGGGGCCAACCUCUGGCAGUUUGACCACAGGAAGCUCCGGACCAACAUCAAGUAACGAUUUCAACACCGGUACUAGUCCUGGCGGCUCUAUCCCUGAGACCACGUCACCAACAAACAAUCAGAGCGUCACACCUGGAGCUACCAUAUCAAGCUCGUCCUCUGCACCAACCGUCACGGACAGAUCGGACCCUGUCAUUCUGGCAGUCAUGCCUACUUCAGAAUCCGAUGGCAUGAGCGGCAAUGCCCUUCAAGCAAGAGGGUUUAGACGCCAAGCAGGAACAACAGCAGGAUUCGUCGGUGGUGCUGGCCCUGUCAACCCGCUCUCAUGUACCGACGCCACACCAUUCGUUCUCAGGAAUGGCGAGUUCUUUUCAGGAAGCCAACGCAUUUCGACGAAUCCCAAUGCUGCAUACGCGCCUUUCAAGGUCGAGCAGCAAGGCUCCAUUUCUCUUCUCUUCUCCAUUGUGGCAGAUACUUAUCUCACCUGGACCAAUGAUGCGUUCUCUGGCGGCAGCGCAACCUUCUGCCAGGACCAAUACGGCCAAGUAUACGCAUUGUUCGUCAGCCAGUCUGCGAUUCCCUUCCAGUGCACCCCCGUGGUGCUCUUGGUAUACUCUGCAUUGCAAUGUCGGGACGGCACCUUGAUCACCCAGGCCCCAGCGAUUAGCACACCUCCCGUGACAAUUGAUACCACCGGCACCGGGGGCAAUAUCCAAACAACUGCCGUGCCUAGUCUGCCCGAUGAUUUUUAUCCUCAAGGAACCAUUCCAAGCGAUGGGUCUUGCACCAUGACCAACAUGACUUGGGUUCUCGGCGCACCUACAUUCAUGGGCCUUGCUUGA